UGAUAACCGCAACCUGAGAGGCAUCCUUCAAAAACAAAACGGUGUCGUCAGCUAACUGACUUAUUACCACUUCAGUGUCAUCAACAGUUAUUCCUUCUGCUUCAUGUUAUGCAAGGACUCAAAAAACUCAGAUGUAGACUGUUGACAAAAAUUAGAAGCAUACAAAUUACUAUAAAACUUUGCAAUGAUUUUAGGGUCCUCCACAAUAUUACCUUUAAUCCUCAAUUUUUCAAUAUGAUUAUUUUUAGCUUGUUGCCUCUCAAAUCUAAAAAAAUAAAUAAAAAUAAGCAGAGCUCUUUUCACCCUCUUCAAGCCAUUUCCUUCGAGACCUUAUAAAAACCUUCAGCCUUUUGUUUGUAAAUUUCCUCUCGUUCAGUGAGUUCUGCUUCAUCGAAUUCUGAUAAUUCUUCUACUCUUUUAGAUAAUAAAGUAGAUAUUUUAAAUAAAAUUGUAUCCUCUUCAGCUUUCCUCUUUUUUGCCAACUCGCUACAGUACUUCCUAAAUACAAUUCCGACUUAAAAUUUGAGAAGUUCCCAAUUGCUACAAUCAUUUUUUUCUUCAAUUUUUGCUUUAUUCCAAUAAAUCAAAAUUAUUUUUUUUCUAUGCCAGUGAUGUUGAAGUAGGAAAACUGAAAAAGGGAGUACUUAUUGAAAUAUCCUCCUGAUCCGAGAGUGGGGAUGGUAAAAUUUCUGCUUUUCUUGAUGAUCUGUUGAUCUCGCCGCACUGCGAUGACGUCAUCUCUCGCGCGCGUUCAGUCUUCUGAGGAGAGGUGAGCAGCUGAUGGUGUUUAGCGUAUUCAACAUAUUAGUACAAUACUUUUUACACAGUUUGUUCAUGAAACAAUAUACGAGGUCGUUUCUGGCUUGUUUUCAUCGGGUACAGCGCGACAGAAGUUCAGUGAAGCUCCUCCCACAACAAUCACACAUUCAGUGAAGCUCCUCCCACAAACUCUGCAGAAUGAACUGCACUAAAGAUACUGAAGAACAAAAAGAGCUGAUUGAAGAAAAUAAGGAGAAUAAAGAAUUGAGUGAAAUUGAGGAGAAAAAUAAUGCCAAAACUGGAGAAAAACCUUUGAGUUGCUCUCAAACCAAACAGAAAGAUUUAAAGAAAGGAAGAGCCAAGAAAUUUUUCACCUGCUCUCAGUGUGAAAAGAGUUUCACAUGCAAAUAUAGUCUUGAUGUUCAUAUGAGAGUUCAUACCGGAGAGAAACCGUUCACUUGUGAUCAAUGUGGGAAGAGUUUCAAACAAUCAGCAAGCCUUAAGAGACACAUGAACAUCCACACUGGAGAGAAACCAAACAAGUGUUCACACUGUGACAAGAGAUUCAGUCGGUCAGAAAUCCUGAAAACACAUGAGAGGAUCCACACUGGAGAGAAACCGUACACAUGUGAUCAGUGCGGGAAGAGUUUUGCACAAAAAGGACACCUUAUAGAGCACAUGAACAUCCACCCUGGAGAAAAACCUUACAAGUGUUCACACUGUGACAAGAGAUUCAAUAAGUCAGGAAUCCUGAAAAAACAUGAAAGGAUCCACACUGAAGAGAAACCAUACAAGUGUUCACACUGCGACAAGAGAUUUAAUCGGUCAGCAAAUCUGAAAGCACACAAGAUUAUCCACACUGAAGAGAAACCGUACACUUGUGAUCAGUGCGGGAAAAGUUUUGCACAAAAAGGACACCUUACGGCACAUAUGAGAGUUCAUACUGGAGAGAAGCUGUUCACUUGUGAUCAGUGUGGCAAGAGUUUCAAACAGUCAUCAUAUCUUAAAGGACACAUGAACAGUCACACUGGAGCGAAAUUGUACGCAUGUGAUCAAUGCGGAAAAACAUUUUUGUGGGCUUCAUACCUGAAGAAGCACCUGAAAGUUCAUAGAAAGGAGAAGCCACAUUCAUGUUCUUUAUGCGAGAGGAGUUUUUCACGUCUAGCACAUUUAAAAGAACAUCAGAAAAUACAUACUGGUGUGAGAGAGUACAUGUGCUUUGAGUGUGAAAAAACUUUUACUUCAGCCAACAGUUUAAAACUGCAUGAGAGGAUUCACUCUGGAGCAAAACCUUAUGAGUGUUCACACUGUGACAAGAGAUUCCGUUAUCGAGAAAAUCUGAAAACACACGAGAGGAUUCACACUGGAGAGAAACCGUAUCACUGCACUGCAUGUGGGAAGUGUUUCAAUCAAUCAUCUAAUCUACACAGACAUGCAAAAAACAAUCACAGUAACUAGAUCAUCCUCAGAUCCAGCACUUUCAGAUCUGAUGGUGCGUCCUCACCUAAUGUGACACAAUAAUGUGUCAAGCAAUAAAAUAUCAUCUUUAUAAAUCUGUCCUAACCCAUGACAGUGACAUGACAAAGAAGCAUUAUCUGAAGUUUUCACAGUGAAUAAAGUUCAUCUUCAUCUUCAUCUUCAAAACCAGCAGAUUCAACUGAGAUUCAGAUCAACACAAAGAUGGAGUUCCUCCCCAAAGAACAAUUUUUUUUUUGUAUAUCAUUGUAUAUCAUAUGUUAGUUGCAAUAUUCCUCGUCUCCACGUUUCCAAGCUCCAACAACACGUGACAACAGCCAUGAAGUGUUAACACUUUGUUUUUGUUAGGAUAUGGUCUCUUUAGAGAGAGAAUUUGGAGGACAUCUGCUUCACUUAAAUAAAUGCUUAACCGUCAUGUCACCUUUAUUUAUAUAGCGUUUUUAACAGUACAGAUUGUGUCAAAUCACUUAACAGUAUCAAAUUGUAGGAUAGAGUGUCAGUAAUGUAUAAUGAUAAGAUUAAACACUCAAUUUUCAGUAAAGGCAUUUCAUUAUUGAAUUCAGAGAUGUCAUUGUUUAGCUCAGUUUAGUUUAAAUAGUAUCUGUGCAAUCAAAUCGACGAUAAUCGCUAGAAAUUAAGUGUCCCCAACUGAGCAAGCCAGAGGCGACAGCGGCAAGGAACCGUGUAAAUUGGUUAACAAAAAAUAUCAAUUUUUAAUGUUGCUUUUCCACACUAACAUUCAUAUUCAGCAAAGCUCCUCCCACAGCAAUCACACAUUCAGCAAUAAAUGCUGGAAUAUUCCCAUCAGUUUACAAGUGAAGACAAGUGCCAAAUCAUCUCCAAAGACAUAUGUUUUAUCUUUAAGCUAAUUUAUUUGCUCUUAUAUGACAGCUGUCAUGCACAUGACAAAACUAGCAGAUGGGCUGAAUGAAAGUGCAGUUGCACUCUACGACAGUAGGUGGUGCAUAUGGAACAGCAUUGAUAUAGCGUUUCCUUGUUUAUCGCUGUACACAAAGCAUCACUGUGAUCAAUUUACACAGAGAAAGAGAAAAGGCUAUAAAAACUUUUCUAAAGAGGGUCAGUUCCCUUCACAAGUAUAUUCAUAUAAACCCCCAAUUCAAUGUUUAUAUUUUUGCAAAAAGAGUGAGCUUGCUGCUGCCUUUUCUGCUGCAACAUCUGUGCUCUCCUCUUUCUGUCCAUCUUCAGCGUGAUCUGCC